GCGAAAAAAAAAAAAGAAAUCGGAAACAAAGACAAGUCCGCUCGCACGCCAUGCGACCCACGCUGGCUGCUUCCUUGCUUAUCGCUACUGUAUGUAUUGUUUUUGUAACAACCACAACACAAGAAGAAGAUGAAGACAUUGGAGUCUCUCUCUGUAUAUAAUUAUAAUUGGGGUUCACGACCGACCAGCUGCAUCGCCAACGCAAGAACUCCGAUCCGAUCCUCCACACCACCCGCCGGCCGCGGCCACCUCCUGUUCGCUUGAGCAUCUGCUGCUGUGCGGAUCGGUCGAGGAGGAGCGAGGGAUUGAAGGAGAUGGCGAGCACGGCGGGAGGAGGCGGAGCGGCGGGGGAAGGGGAGUGGCUCAAGGUCGCCCAGCUCAGGGCCACGGUGCAAGCGCAGGACCCCCAAGCCAAGGAGGUGGACAACCUGACGCUGCGUCGGUUCCUGCGCGCGCGCGACCACAACGUGGACAAGGCCGGCGCCAUGUUGCUCAAGUUCCUCAAGUGGCGGAGGGAGGCGGCGCCCGGCGGGUCCGUGCCGGAGGAGGCAGUGCGCCGGGAGCUGGCGCAGGACAAGGUGUGCAUGGGCGGCGUCGACAGGGCCGGCCGCCCCUUCCUCGUCGCCUUCCCCGCCAGGCACUUCUCCGCCUGCCGUGACAUGGCGGAGCUCAAGAGUUUUGUUGUCUACCUCUUCGACAAGAUCUGUGCCAGAAUCCCCAGAGGCCAGGAGAAAUUCCUCUGCAUCGUUGAUCUCAAGGGCUGGGGCUACUCAAACUGGGACAUUCGGGCAUACAUUGCGGCUAUAGAGAUCAUGCAGAACUACUACCCGGAGCGGCUGGGCAAGGCGCUGAUGAUCCACGUGCCCUACAUCUUCAUGAAGGCGUGGAAGAUGAUCUACCCCUUCAUCGACACCAACACCAGGGACAAGUUCGUGUUCGUGGAGGACAAGAGACUGCAGGAGACGCUGCGGCGGGAGAUCGACGAGACCCAGCUCCCGAAGUUCCUCGGAGGGAAGAUGGACGUGAUCCCACUCAAGGACUAUAUGAGUGUAUGACCGCACCGCACGCGUUGGUGAAUGGUGGGUAACACAGCAUGGGCAUGGCCCGUGACCAUGGGUUUGACACGACAGACAUGUAUCUGUUGCUUCCACAGUAACUGUGUAGCUGCUGUAAAACAUUAAACAUGAGCUCUCUCUGCUUGCGUACGUCUUGUUUUAAUUUAACGAGCUGCUGUUGGCUGUUGCCUGGGUCAAUUGAUGCAGACCAAGAUCUGGGCUACUAUUUAAACAUGAACAAGAAGACACCUACCAAGCCCAA